AUGAAGCUCUUCGUCGGCCUCGACCUGUCGACGCAGAGCAUGACAGGCGUCGUGGUCGCUGCGACGCCGAUGCCCAAGCCAUUUGCAGUCGUGGCGUCCAGGACCUUCCAGCUCGAUGACCGGCUUCCGCACUAUGGCACGACCAAGGGCGUUCUGUUGCACGGCGCGCACGUCGAAGUGCCCAGCUUGAUGCUUGUCGAGGCCGUCGAUGAGAUCCUGUGCGAGCUCUCGGCGGCGGUGGAAAUGGCGGGGUACACGAUGGCCAACGUCGUCGCUGUGAGCGGCAGUGCGCAACAGCACACGAGCGUCUUCUGGAGCGACGCAGAGCUCUGCCUGCCUGACGACGCGUCGACAACGCUGCGCGAUCACUUGCAGGACGCAUUUGCGCCCGCGAACGGCCGCAGCUGGAUGGACGCGACAACGACGGCCGAGUGCAGGGCGCUUGAGGCCGCUGUUGGAGGCGCCCAGCGGCUGGCCGACGUGACGGGCUCGCGCGGCUACGAGCGCUUUACGCUGAUCCAGCUGCUGUCCCUGGACCGCGAUCUCCUCGAGCGUGCAGGGCGCGUUAGCAUUGCGUCGUCCUUGCUCACGUCGCUCUUCCUCGGGGCGUUCGCGCCCAUCGACCACAGCGAUGGCAGCGGCAUGAACCUCAUGGACAUCGCGACGCGGCAGUGGUCCAGAGACGUUCUUAACGCCGUGGAAGAUCGCUGGGUGCCAUCGUCGACGCUCGAGCGGCUGCUCGGGCCGGCGCCAACCGCGUCGCACAUGUCGCUCGGUCCCAUUGCACCGUACUUUGUCGAGCGCUUUGGCUUUACCAAGACGUGCCGCGUGAUUCCGUUCUCGGGCGACAACCCGUGCACGCUCGCAGGUAUGGGCCUGGCGUCUGUCGGUGAUGUGGGCAUUUCCCUCGGGACGUCCGGCUGCAUGUUUGUCGUUGCCGCGCCAGAAGCGAUUCGCCCGUCCGGCGAGGAAGGUCACGUGUUGACCAACCCCGUCGACCCCAAGACGCUGAUGGGCAUGCUUUGCUUCAAGAACGGGUCCUUGGCACGCGAGAACGUUCGCGAUCGACGCGCCGACGGGUCGUGGGCCGAGUUUUCAAGACUCAUGGACGCGACGCCGCCCGGCAACAACGGUGUCAUGGGCUUCUUUUACCUCACGCCCGAGAUUACGCCCGUCGUGCCCACCGAGUCGGCAGCACCGACCCUCAGCGGCAUCCACGGGUAUACGGCAGACGGCAGCGCCUUAGAUCUACUGCAAUCCCCACCCGCUGUUGAAAUCCGCGCCAUGGUCGAGUGGCAGUGCCUUGCCAUGGCGUGCCACCUGCAAAAGCUGUACCACGGCCCGAUCGCGCGCCUCAUCCUGGCAGGCGGUGCGUCCGUGAACCGAUCGCUCGUCGAGACGCUCGCCAAUGUCUUCAAUGCGCCCGUGUACAUUGAAGACAACAAAGUCAACACCGCGGCUCUUGGUGGCGCACUGCGUGCGCAGCACGGUGCUGCGUGCGACGACGCCGGCAUGUACCGUCCGUUUGACCCGAAAGUCGGCCUCGAGCUGCGAGCGACGCCAGCGCCAGAGACACGCCACGUGUACGAGCACAUGAUUCGUCGGUUUCCGAGCUUGGAAGCGACGGCGAUUGCGGCCCAGCGACAGCGCUUUGGCCCUUGA